AUGGUAGAGAUUAAGGGGAUGCUCCAGCAACUCGUUGGGACAAAUGGUAAGAUGCAAGAGAAGUUGGUAGUACAUGACUCAGCUAUAAAGAACAUUGAAAAUCAGUUGGGGCAGUUGUCUAUGGCUUUAAACAAUCGCCCCCAGAGAACAUUGCCAGCGGAUACAAAUAUUAACCCUAAGGAGCAAAACCCGAAUCAAUUGAUAGCAGUAAGUCUUCUGAAUGGGAGAGAUUUAGACAAAGAGCAGGAGGUUGCACAAGCCAGCAAAGAGACUACGCCAGCCACUCCAAUUCCACUAGAGGGUCAAGAUGAAAAGGGUAAGGCUAAGGUAAAUGAACAAGCUGCAGAACAGGUGGUGCCUCUUGUGCCACAGAACCCCAACAGAGAGAAGCCAGCAAGCAGUGAACAAAGGGUGAUACCUACACCAUUCCCUCAGAGACUGCUGAAUAUUCCUUUGAUGGAUGCCUUGAGGGAGAUUCCAGGUUAUGCGAAGAUGAUGAAAGACCUAAUGUCACGGAAGUUUGAUUUUCAGGACUUAUCCACAGUGACUCUAACGCAGACCUGCAGCGCAGUAGUGACCAGACCGAUGACUCAAAAGAUGUCCGACCCAGGUAGCUUCACUAUUCCAUGCACGAUUGGGAGUUACGCCUUUGCAAAGGCAUUAUAUGAUUUGGGAGCCAGCAUAAAUUUGAUGCCUCUGGCUGUAUACACCAAACUGGGCAUUGGCAAAGCUAGACCGACUUCGAUGCUGCUGCAACUGGCUGACCGCACGGUAGAUGAAGAGAUACCUAUCAUUUUAGGUAGGCCAUUUUUGGCCACUGGGAGAGCCCUGAUCGAUUGUGAGACUGGGGAAUUAAAAAUGAGACUGAACGAUGAAGAAGUCAUAUUUAAUGUUCAGCAAUCUAUGAGGAAACCCAGUAAAUAUGCUAAUUGCUCUCUAGUGGAGGCAGUGGAUGUGAUCAUGCAAGAAGAUGAUGAGACCCUGACUGCUAAAGAUCCAUUGGAGGCAUGUCUGACAAAUUUAGAAGAAAUAGAUGGGGAAGGGUUGGCUGAGUGGGUCAUGGCACUUGAAGGCCAAGGAUUCUGGAAAAGGGAACCUCAGUUCGAGUCCCUUGAGUUAGAAAAAAGGGCUACACCUCCAGCAAAGCCAUCGGUAGAGGAACCACCCAAGUUGGAGCUGAAGCCGCUUCCAGCUCACCUCAGGUCAUACUUGAUUGGCUCGAAAGUUAUUGUUUACACUGACCAUGCAGCAAUUAGGUACUUGAUAGAAAAGAAGAAGUCAAAGCCACUCUUGAUUCGCUGGGUUCUUCUGUUACAAGAAUUCGAUCUGGAAAUAUGUGAUCGAAAAGGGACAGAGAAACAAGUAGCUGACCACCUUUCAAGGUUGGAAGGAGCUGAAAAGAAG